AUGGCCUGCUUUGAUGCGGGGAGCGAGCGGGGCGACCGGCGGGCGAUCCCGCGUUCAAAGGCUCCCCAGCGAUCGCCCUCCGCGCAUCCCAGGCACUCUGUGCGCCAGGCGCUGCUGACGGAGGAGGACUUGGUCGUGGCAGAGGAGGGGCUGGCGGUGGGCGGGGGGGGCCCUGACUGGUCGCUCUACUGCCUCUGCGACGGCCACGGGGGCGACGUCGCGGCCGGCUACGUAAAGUGCAACCUGUGGACUGUCCUGGAGGCGCUCCUGCCGGAGGAAGAUGACAGCGGGCGUCAAG